GUCACACAAGAAGCGACAAGUUAUCUGUAAGCUAGCCGACAUGCUGUAGUCAGUGUGUCUGCGACUAUAGGGGAUUGACUGGUGAUUAAAGGCUGAAUUUAUGGUGGCGUUUCAAAUGCAGAUAUAGUUUUGGACCUCUUAGCGAAUCAAGGGGCUAAAAUCUGUUCAUCUUGAGUGUUUUGUCAACAUGUGGAGCUCCGGCCGCCGUGUCCUUCAGGAUCUGCUCAGCCUGCCGGCUGUCAGGAGCUUCUCCCUGACUGCGGCUCGGAACACAGUUGUGGUGGAGCGAUGGUGGCAAGUGCCCUUGUCUAAAGUGGGCAGUCCGCCGAGGCUUCACCCUCGAAGACACCGCAUCUAUAAGUUCGUGGAGGACACCAGCCAUAAGCCCUCACAGAAGAUGGAGCUCAUCUUAACUCAGACUGUACCGAAGCUCGGUGGACGAGGAGACACUGUGCUGGUGAAAAAAUCUGUUGGCAGAAACAGGCUGCUGCCCGAAGGCCUGGCAGUGUAUCCAUCACCAGAGAACAAAAAGAUAUUUGCUGAGGAGUUGAGGCUUUUACGAGAAGGGAAGCCGGAGGACAGAAUUCAAACUCGUACGGGACAUUUGACAGUGGCCGUUCUUCGACAGUCCCAGCUGAAGAUAAAUAAAGUGCCCUGUGAGGAUUUCCAGGUCACAAAAGAAGUUGUGUCCAGGUGUUUUGCAAAGAAGCUGCGGAUUGUUGUGCCGGUGCAUGCGAUAACACUUCCAUUUGAGCCCAUUAAGGAGUUGGGAGACUAUUGGUGUGAGGUUAAGGUGAACGGAAUAGACGCAGUUCAGGUUCCCAUGUCGGUGGUGCCGUAUGAGGACAUGUCUGCAAACUAUCGGCGGCAGCUGAAAGCGCAGGCGGCCGCAGACGCACAAGAAGAUGCUGGCGAGGAGGACGACUCGUUGGAGGCCGUUUCUGAUGCAGCAGUGGAGACUCAGGCUGCUGAAGACUCCACGAGUCAAGGUUCAACCUCAGCUGCUGAGGAAAUGAACACAAAGACAGAGCAGGACGCAGCAUCGCCACCGAGCGAAAGCCCGAAAAAAGAUUAAAGGACUCUAAAUGAACGUGCCUGUAGAAGUAUGGUGGAUAUUGUUUACCUGCAAUACACAUACUGUACAUGCAUAGCAA